AUGUCUCGCGGAGGAAGCUCGACGCUCUACGUCACCGGCUUUGGCCAAGGUACGCGUGCUCGCGACCUCGCGUAUGAGUUUGAGAGAUACGGACGUCUGGUUCGCUGCGACAUCCCAGCACCACGCACUGCUAGUAGCAGACUCUUCGCAUUCGUCGAGUACGAGAGCCGCCGUGAUGCCGAUGACGCCUACCACGAGAUGCAUAACAAGCGUAUCGGGCGUGACGACUUGCUGAAGAUCGAAUGGGCUCGUACUCCACCAUCCGCGAGCUGGCGCUUCGAUGCCGGUGCCGGCCGCCCACCGCGCGGUGGUCGGGACCGCUCUCCGCGUCGCCGCUCCGCCACUCCACCACGUCGCCGUGACGAUGAUCGUGACCCACCAAGAGAGAGGGACUACGACAGGGAAUACGAGCGUGACCGUGGAGACCGCCGCGACCGUCGGGAGAGGGACCGCACCCGCAGCCCGGAAGACCGUGACAUGAAGGAUAGGGACCGCGAUGACGAUCGUGUGCGCGAGCGUGAGCGCGGUGCCGACUACGAGCGCGAGAAUGGCGCGAACGGCGACGACCGCAAAGAGCGCGACGAAGCUCCACCGGUUCACGACGACCUUGACACUGUCGAGUAA